AAGAUGUAUCUCUACCGUCUUAAACUGUGGCCUGUGUUUCUAAUUGGAUUCGGAAUCGGUUCUCUCCUUGCCCUGAUCUUAUUUGCUGCUCAAGAUUUAUUUAACAAUAUUUCCAUUUGUCAGAAAUCAUCAUUAAAUUUGUACUCUACAAACAGAAAUGAUCUUAAAUGGUUCAUGUCUGAUACAUGGAUCAAGCAAGAGACUGUUAUACAGAGUUGGAAAGAUUCAACAAACAUGACAUAUAGUAAAUGGUUGAAUAAUAGAAAACUGAGGUCAAAAAAUAUUGAUAUGGAUAUUUAUCUUUAUGGACCUGAAAGUAGGGAAGAAUCAGAAGCAGAGUGGUUGAAGUCAAAUAUUCACAUCACUUGUAUUGUAUUUGUAAAAAAAGUUAAAUUGGCUAGAUCUAUCCAGGAUACUUGGGGAAAACAUUGUAACAAGAUAUAUUUCUUUGGUCAAGUGAAAGAUCCUAAAAUGCCUAUUAUAAAUUUUGAUAUAAAAUUAGUAUCUUCAUGGCAACUUUUAUGUGAAGCCUUCAAGUAUGUGUGGAAGAGCAGUGAAACGUUAGAAUGGCUUAUCUUUGUAAAAGAUGACACAUUAGUGGUUCUUGAAAAUUUGCGGUACAUGCUUGGCCCAUUAAAUCACACUCAGAAUCAUUAUUUGGGUCAUGCAGUUACUCUCUGGGGUCAAUCUUAUAAUGUAGCUGAUGCUGGAUAUGUAAUUAGUGUGGGAGUGCUUAGGAAGCUAAUUAAAAUGUUUGAUAACUCAGAAAAAUGUGUAAUCAGUGGCAAAUAUUGGAAACAGGAAGAUUAUUAUCUCGCUAAACAUUUGGCUUCUAUGGGAAUUUAUCCUUCUGAUACAAGGGACCAGUAUUUAAGGGGAACCUUUCAUGGAUACUCUUUGCAAUCUUUAUUAUGGGGUGGUGUUAAGACUGGUGUUUAUUGGACUCGUGCAUUAUACCCAGUAAAAAACGAAUGCUGCUCAUUUAUGUCUGUUACUUUUAAUGUAGGAGAAUCAGAAAAAAUGCACACAUUGAAUUAUUUAUUAUAUCAUUUUCAUGUCUUAAAGAGGAAAGCUGUUUUUGGAAGUAGAAAAGCAGCAAUAUCCAUAUCUGACAAGGAUGUCUGGAGAGUUGCGUUGGAAGAAGAGUUUAAUAUUACAAAUUUAAAUAACAUUUCUAGCGAGGUGUACUAUGAGAUAUGGCAUGCAAAAUAUUCUGAACCAGGACAAUUAAUUAGUAAAAAUUAUCAGGCUAAUGACUAAGAUAAAUUUAAAUAAAUCAUUCAUAUAUGAUUUUUAUAUGUUUUAUACUGACUGAAGAUUUUUUAAAGAUAUUUUAUAUCAAGUAAUAUCAUAUUUUAAUAAUUUUAAAGUACAAUAAUGUUAUCUAUGUUAGAUAGUUUAAUAAUUGUUGAAAUUGUUUGAAACUGAUUGUGAAUAAACAUUGAAUUUUUAUAGAAUGAUGUUGUUAAAAACUUGAAAUGGUUAUCAGGUUUUACAGUUUAUUAAUGAGUUAUAUUGAUAUGACAAAUGUGGGAAUGACGGAGUAGUGUUGUUUGAUAACUGUUUCCCUUGCUACGCCAUUGUUGCCUUAUCUGACUAAUUAAGAACUCAUUAACGCUUGUAACGACCUCGGUAAUCAAAUCACAAUUCCAAUUUUAAAUAUAUGUUAAGAAUACUGGAACAAUGAAUCCUCAUGCUUUUCUAUGUGAAUGAUUUAUUUCUGGCUAGGGAAGAUGGAUAUGCAAGGUGUUCUAAAGAAUUAUUUUUAGCUGUAAGUGAACUAUUAGAGUACCUGAUAAUAUACAUAUAUAUACAUUUUAAUGCUUAUUCUCAUUUGAUAAUUAUCGUGUAAAUCAUUUAAUUUUGUAAUAAUAAAUGUGUAAUUUUUUAGAAGCAAA